AUGGAUGCAGUUCAGCGAUUAUUAUCAGUUGAGUAUCGAGUUUUUGGCCGCGUUCAGGGCGUAUUUUUCAGAAAGUACACAAAAGAAAAAGCUGAUCAACUGGGUAUUUUUGGGUGGGUGAAAAACGAGCGGGAUGGAACUGUCAGCGGUUUAAUGCAAGGAACCGAAGCUAAAAUUGACAACAUGAAACAUUGGCUUUCACACAAAGGGAGUCCACUUUCUCGUAUCGACAAGUGUGAAUUUACCAAUGAAAAAGUUUUGGAUCAAUUGGACCUUACAAGUUUUAUUAUAAAAAGAGGCUAA